CGAAGCUUCGCUGAGAAGUGCGGGGAAGCUCUUUUGUCGGUGAUAAUCGAAUAUAGCCUGUUUCCGGCGCUCGUAGCAAAGCGUUAAAAAUGCAGAUCUUUGUGAAGACCUUGACCGGCAAGACCAUCACCCUGGAGGUGGAGCCAAGUGACACCAUUGAGAACGUGAAGGCUAAGAUCCAGGACAAAGAAGGCAUUCCUCCUGACCAGCAGAGGCUGAUCUUUGCCGGCAAGCAGCUGGAGGAUGGCCGCACCCUCUCUGACUACAACAUCCAGAAGGAGUCCACUUUGCACCUGGUCCUGCGUCUGAGGGGAGGCAUGCAGAUCUUUGUCAAGACCCUGACCGGCAAGACCAUCACCCUGGAGGUGGAGCCGAGUGACACUAUUGAGAACGUGAAGGCUAAGAUCCAGGACAAAGAAGGCAUUCCCCCUGACCAGCAGAGGCUGAUUUUUGCCGGCAAGCAGCUGGAAGAUGGCCGCACCCUCUCCGACUAUAACAUCCAGAAGGAGUCCACUCUCCACCUGGUCCUGCGUCUGAGGGGAGGCAUGCAGAUCUUUGUGAAGACCCUGACCGGCAAGACCAUCACCCUGGAAGUGGAGCCGAGCGACACCAUUGAGAAUGUGAAGGCUAAGAUCCAGGACAAAGAAGGCAUUCCUCCUGACCAGCAGAGGCUGAUUUUUGCCGGCAAGCAGUUGGAAGAUGGCCGCACUCUCUCCGACUACAACAUCCAGAAGGAGUCCACUCUCCACCUGGUCCUGCGUCUGAGGGGAGGCAUGCAGAUCUUUGUGAAGACCCUGACCGGCAAGACCAUCACCCUGGAAGUGGAGCCGAGCGACACCAUUGAGAAUGUGAAGGCUAAGAUCCAGGACAAAGAAGGCAUUCCUCCUGACCAGCAGAGGCUGAUUUUUGCCGGCAAGCAGUUGGAAGAUGGCCGCACUCUCUCCGACUACAACAUCCAGAAGGAGUCCACUCUCCACCUGGUCCUGCGUCUGAGGGGAGGCAUGCAGAUCUUUGUCAAGACCCUGACCGGCAAGACCAUCACCCUGGAAGUGGAGCCGAGCGACACCAUUGAGAAUGUGAAGGCUAAGAUCCAGGACAAAGAAGGCAUUCCCCCUGACCAGCAGAGGCUGAUCUUUGCCGGCAAGCAGCUGGAGGAUGGCCGCACCCUCUCCGACUACAAUAUCCAGAAGGAGUCCACUCUCCACCUGGUCCUGCGUCUGAGGGGAGGCAUGCAGAUCUUUGUGAAGACCCUGACCGGCAAGACCAUCACCCUGGAGGUGGAGCCGAGCGACACCAUUGAGAACGUGAAGGCCAAGAUCCAGGACAAAGAAGGCAUUCCCCCUGACCAGCAGAGGCUGAUCUUUGCCGGCAAGCAGCUGGAGGAUGGCCGCACCCUCUCCGACUACAAUAUCCAGAAGGAGUCCACUCUCCACCUGGUCCUGCGUCUGAGGGGAGGCAUGCAGAUCUUUGUCAAGACCCUGACCGGCAAGACCAUCACCCUGGAGGUGGAGCCGAGCGACACCAUUGAGAACGUGAAGGCUAAGAUCCAGGACAAAGAAGGCAUUCCUCCUGACCAGCAGAGGCUGAUCUUUGCCGGCAAGCAGCUGGAGGAUGGCCGCACCCUCUCCGACUACAACAUCCAGAAGGAGUCCACUUUGCACCUUGUGCUACGUCUGAGGGGAGGCAUGCAGAUCUUUGUCAAGACCCUGACCGGCAAGACCAUCACCCUCGAGGUGGAGCCGAGCGACACCAUUGAGAACGUGAAGGCCAAGAUCCAGGACAAAGAAGGCAUUCCCCCUGACCAGCAGAGGCUAAUCUUUGCCGGCAAGCAGCUGGAGGAUGGCCGCACCCUCUCCGACUACAACAUCCAGAAGGAGUCCACUCUCCACCUGGUCCUGCGUCUGAGGGGAGGCUGUUAGGUGUUAUGAACUAUGAUUUGGAAGUUGCCAAUAGCAUUUGUUUGCACUGUAGCAGUUUAAUGUCUUAAUAUUGUAGGGUAAAUGCAAGUUCCAGUAACUGCUAGACUGUUUGUUUGUGUGAAUGCUAAUAAAGUUUUCUGUUGCACAUUG